UGGAGACACAGAGCGCAUCGAACAGCCGGCAGUGUGGCUGCGUGUUAGUGCGGUUGCGUUGCCGGACAAGAUGGCGGAUGACAAGGGUUCCCCAAAGCUGAAGGACCUUGCUUUCCUGAAGGAUCAGCUAGAAGGUCUACAACGCAGAGUUGAGAAUGAGGUGCGUGCUGGAGUAACUCAGGAAGGAUCAUUCCUAAGCUCUCCGUUCUUAAAGGGAUUUCUGGCUGGUUAUGUAGUUGCCAAACUCAGGGCCUCUGCAGUACUGGGCUUCGUGGUCGGCACAUGUACUGGCAUAUAUGCUGCUCAGGCCUAUGCGGUGCCAAAUGUUGAGAAGACCAUCAAAGACUACCUUGCCUCUUUAAAAGGGAGGUCUGAUUAGCCUGGAAUAGAAAAACUUACACUUUUAAUGCUUUAAGUGCUUUUUACAGACUAGACAAUAUUAGGCACUUCUAUUAUUGCACAGUGUUGUUGUUGUGCCUGCAAACAUCUCAACUGAUAGUACUAUCCUGCACAGUAUCCUCAGCAGGUCUGAUAACUUGAUGAUAACGUGCUUUCUCUAAUUUUACGUCUCUAAAUGCAAUGCAAACUAUUUUUUGGGAUGAAAUAUUAUGGUGUGUGGAUCAAUUUUAAAAAGUGAUAAGGAUAUCCUUAUUUAUUAGUAUGGAGUACUUUUGGAGGACAAUCAGUAAA